AUGGGAAGCCUGGGUAUUCAACCAUUUCAAACCACCUUUGCGGUGCCGCUUCAUUGCGAUGGCUGUGUAAAGGAUGUCUCUGGAGCCUUGAAUCGAGUAGAGGGCAUUACCAAGUUUGAAGCCAAUCUUAAAGACCAACUCGUUUAUAUCGAAGGGACGGCACCUCCUUCAUCAAUUGUGUCAGCCAUUGAAUCUACUGGCCGAGAUGCCAUCUUACGCGGUAGCGGGAAGUCGAAUUCCGCCGGCGUUUGCAUUUUAGAGACUCACGCAAAAGGCGUGCCAGAUCCCGUCCGGGGUCUUGCACGAAUGGUCCAAGUUUCCGACAACCAUACGCUGGUCGACCUGACCAUCCGUGGUGUAUCACCCGGUACAUACCAUGCUACUGUCCGUGAAACCGGAGAUAUCUCGCGCGGCGCGGUCUCCACGGGCGGGAUCUGGGAAGCCAUCAAAAGUCUGGGUGGCUUCGGUCAGCCUCGAGGGUUGUUUGGUACGAUAGUGGUGGGGAAAGACGGCCGGGGAAACGCAUUCUUGGAUCGACCCGUGUCGAUUUGGGAGAUCAUCGGUCGCAGCAUGGUGGUGUCGAAACAACCAGAGGGAGCGUUUCAAACCGAUGACCCAGAAACCCUAGUUGGAGUUAUUGCUCGCUCCGCCGGAGUCUGGGACAACGACAAAACAGUAUGUAGUUGCUCGGGAAAGACGGUUUGGGAGGAACGCAAGGAGCAGGUCGGAAAAGGAAUGUUAUAA